GCCGCGUCUUGUGUCCGGUGUGGAAACGAAAGGAAGCGAAAGUUAAAGUGUCGCCUCGCCGCUCCGUUCGGCGCAGUUGGGCUUCGCUGAGUUCCUCGGCUGUUUAAAAGGAUCUCAGCAAUGCGCUUCCCGACACUGACUCGGAGCUCGGUUUACUGCGUCCUUGGCCCCCGGGUCUCUUUACGUGCACUUUUCCGUUUCUGCUUUAAACACGAUCACACAUCCUCAGCAUGAAGGAAAAAGAAAAGAAAAGAAAAAAAGAAUCCUGCGUAUUUUAUACCGCUUAAUCGAUGGCAUUAAACUCGAACAUUUAUCCCGCUUUAGGCCCCCCUACCCUCCUGCCCCCCCUCCUCGUUCUCUCAUCUGCCUUUUUUUUUGUUUUGAAGUUACUCUUUUAACGUAAAAUCCUCCAGCUGUGUGCGCGUUGGGAUAGCGCGUAAAAAUCUUUUUUGUAAAGUCGCUUUAACUCGCGUUGGAGAAUAGCCGAUGUAGUUGAAUUUAAAGAAGAUGCGAUUUUAAAAGUUUCUUCAAUGACCACUCGGUAUUCCCGGUGACAGAUAUACGUCUUUUUUGGACCCGGGUUAACAUAUGGCAUUGAGGGGAGCACAGCUGGAGGUAGCGUUUCCAUUGCGGUGAUGUCAGAGCAGCUGACUCCACAGCUUGCAGUGUAAUUAGCAAACAGAGCAGCAGUUUACUCACUCUUACACUGCGCUGCUGGCAUUUUCUUCACGCCGGCCUGACUGCGCGGUGGACGGCUGUGGAUCCCUCAAAGUCCCAGCCCCGGUGCCGGUGUGUCUGUGCUGUAAACACCGCUGGUUUUUGUUUUUGUUUUUGUUCAUUCUACCUCCGGUCGGAAGAAGCCGGGCGUUUGUGUCACUGUUCGUUACAUUUUGGAGAGCGCAGGACGCGGAGCUGACUACUACACAACCCACGAACCGGUGUGGAUCAGCGGAUCCGUUUACACGAUGGGUUAUGAAGGAAGAAUGGAGUUCCCAGACCAUAGCCGCCAGUUGCUGCAGUGUCUGAGUCAGCAGCGUCACCAAGGUUUCCUCUGUGACUGCACUGUUCUAGUCGGGGAGGCUAGAUUCAGAGCGCACAGAGCCGUGCUGGCCUCCUGCAGCAUGUACUUCCAUCUCUUCUACAGGGACCAGCUAGACAAAAGGGACAUUGUGCAUCUCAACAGUGAUAUUGUGACAGCCCCUGCUUUCAGCCUGCUCCUUGAAUUUAUGUAUGAGGGGAAGCUGGAAUUCAGCACCCUGCCAGUGGAGGACGUCCUGGCAGCGGCCAGUUACCUCCACAUGUAUGAUAUAGUUAAAGUGUGCAAAGGCAAGCUGAAGGAUAAGGACCUGUCCUCCCUGGACGCCAAGCUGAGCGAGACUUUUGGACUGAGCUGCCUGGACAGGGAAAACUCUUCCGACGAGGAGCUGCACAGUAAGCAGCUCGUCAGGCGACAGCCCCCGAUACAGUGUCAGGGGUUGCCGAGGGCCCCCCCUGCCGAAGAGUUUGACAUGGACGACGGCGAAGUCGGGCUGGCUGUCACAGAUUGCGAUAGGUCUACGAGGAGCAGGCAGAAGGCGAACGGUCACUCUGCCAGGUCCCCGGACCUUGUAAGUGUCAAUUAUGUGUCAGCAGAGGCCGAGCCCUGCGUCCAAACAGCUGGAAAAACAAAAGCUGAUGUCAGUAGUUCCACCGUAUCACUGUCCCAGAGGUCCCGGGCUUCAGAUGACAUGGACUGUGCACUGGACUUGUCUUUCAAGCCUCUGUCUAGCAGAGAUCCCUUACACCCCUCCUACGUCUCGGGACAGCUGGCCCUCGACAGCCAGCAGCAGGGCAUUGAGCCACUUGUUAAAGAGGAACACGACUUGCUGUCAGAGCAGGAGGACAGUGAGCCGACGAGCCCCGAGAGCCAGCGCUUUGGGAAUAGUGCCAGGAGCUCAGUGGUGACAGGGUUCGCUGCCCUCUUCCCAGGCAACAACGGCUCCACCGCCGCCCUCCUCUCCCAGGAGGAGGACCUGAUGGACGAAGAGGGGGAGGCCUGCCGGGGGAGGGAGGGCGCCCCGGGCAGGGAGUUAGACGAGAGGAGGGGGAGGCUGCUGGGAGACAGCGAGGAGGAAGAGGAGGACGACCUGGCCUCCUCGGACAUCUCCACCUCCAGCGGGGUGCUGCUGCCCCCGGGGCAACAGGUGUGCGUUUGCCCCCUCUGCAGCAAAGUCUUCCCCAGCCCCCACGUGCUGCAGCUUCACCUCAGCUCACACUUCCGUGAGAAGGAAGGCACCCGCUCCAAGCUGUCCCCCGACGGGUCGGUGCCCACCUGUUUGCAGUGCAACAAGACCUUCUCCUGCAUGUACACCCUCAAACGCCACGAACGCACGCACUCCGGCGAGAAGCCGUUCACCUGCGGACAGUGCGGCAAGAGCUUCCAGUAUUCCCACAACUUGAGUCGACACGCCGUCGUGCACACGCGCGAGAAGCCGCACGCUUGUAAGUGGUGCGAACGGCGUUUCACCCAGUCCGGGGAUUUGUACCGCCACAUCAGGAAGUUUCACUGUGGCCUUGUCAAGACGCUCUCCAUUGGAUAAAAAAAACAAAAACAAAAACAAA